AUGUCGCCCUCCAGCUCACCCCGCCGCCGCGGGCGCCCACCUCCAAAGGCCUGCCGCGCGCCCGGCAGUGGGAAGGGGGCGGAGGGAAGGGAGUGGCGGCGGCGGCCUGCGGGGAGGGGCUCCGACGCUUCCACUGCGGCCGGGAAACCCCGGGAAGCGGCAGUGGUGCCUCCCGACGCCGGGGGCCGUAGCGAGGGCGUCUCCGGCCCGCGGGGCCCGCGCGGGGCGGCCGGCCCCGAACCCCAUGCCCCACGCCCCGCUCUCGGCUCCCCCGAGGCCAAGCGGGGAGGCGGGGUCGGGGUCGGGGCCGGGACGGGCGCCGCGUUGUCUGUGCUGGGUAGGCGCGCCCAGGACCCGCGGCGUUCCCAGCUGACCAUCCUGGUGGCGGGCGGAGUUCAGCUGUCCCGGACGGCCCAGGCGCUGCCCAGCCUGGUGCUUGUGCGUCCGGGGCCGGCUCGCCUUUCUCUCUCCGUGGCGCGUUCCCAGGGAGCUCUGCUCCGGAACUGCGGGAACUAUGAACAAGGAGUCGGGACACAGAGACGUUUGGCGGGAAGCAGUUUAUUGGUGCCAGCACUGGCUCAGCGGAUUCUUAACCGAAGGCUGAGCCUGGAGCUCAGCGGGUCCAUGCCUUUUAUACAUUCACUGCAAGGGUAAAGGAGAGUCAGCCCCCAGGAAUGUUGCAGUGGGAGGUGUUAGAGUACUUACAGGUUCAUCCAGAAUGCUAGUAAUGUUUUAACCUAUCUCAAUAAAGGAUACCCGGAUAUUGUAUUGUAAA